GAUCAUUUAAAAAUUUCAUAAAUUCUGCAGUAUAGGUACGUUUAAGACCACAAGAACAAAAUCACAGUAGUGAAACAUUUCAUAUUAGUCAUACUUACUCUCGACUAUAAAAAAAUAUCGUGACAAAAGUUGUGUUUAAUUUUUCAAAUACGAAUGACCGAUACCCUUUAACUAUCAAGUAAUUGUUCUUUAAAAAUCGGUUUGGAUAAAAAAAUGUUUUUUUUCGAGAAUCUUGUGUUUCUGUGUUUCGUUAUACCCAGCUUCUCGAAGUCUACAUCUACUCAGAAUAAAAUCGAGAUUUCUGAAUGGACACCUCAUCAAACAUUACCACUGCCAGGCUUGGAACUCAACUGGGAAGCAAUGCGUGGUCCUUUAAAUAAGACUUUGUAUGUGGACAAGUCGAGGUUCGUACAGUAUUUGGGAAAGAGCAAGCUAACGUUUUUAACUCGACCAAGACGAUUUGGCAAGACUACCUUCCUCCAAAUGGUUAAAAAUUUAUACCAAGAUAAUCGAACAUUGUUUGAAGACUUAUACGUUUAUCAAUACGGAAAUGUUGAAUGGAUUCGUCAUAGACUCCGUAACGAUAAACAAUUCAUCAAAGAUAAAUGGUUAGAGUUUCCAGUAAUUCACUUAGACUUUUCACAAAAUAUGAGAUUUACCACAUUUGAGAAAUACUUAGAAGGUGUGCAUAAGAUGUUGCGUCGCGAAGCAGAAAGGUACAAUGUUUAUUAUAACCCGGAGGAAAUAACUCUUACUGAUUUAAUCGAAAGGCUAGAAAUGAAAUUCGAAUUGCCUGUCAUAUUAUUGAUAGACGAAUACGACUCACCGUAUCACCGAGCCAAAUUUCGUUUAGAGAACGAACAGUUAGCUGACAACGUGAUUAGUGAUUAUGAAGGAUUUUACACUGAAAUAAAAAGUAAUGUUGGUAAACUCGCAUUCGCUCUUGUAACAGGAGUAUCAUGUUUGGCAAUUCAGUCAUUACAUUCUGGCCCAAACAGCUUCAAUGACUACACAUAUUCAAAGGAGAUGGCCACAGCAUUCGGACUUACUAGAACCGAAAUCGAGAGUAAUUUUGGUUACCACAUUUAUGAAUUUGCUAAAUGGCGGGCGAGCCAGCGUGUUCAAGGACCGAAAAAAGAACGUGAACCCAACCCCGAAGACAUAACGCUUAUUUAUGAUGAACUAAUUAAUUGGUACGAUGGAUAUCAAUUCGACAUAUAUUGCGAGUCAGAGACCGUAUUAAACGUUGUUUCUACUAUUACCGCCCUGGAAACGAAGGUUAUAGGAAACCACUGGAGCGAAACGGGAUCUAUGCUACCAAUAAUUAAACAGUUCUAUCAGCAUCACCGAUCCUUAAAGGAUUACGAAAAAGGCAAACGAAUGAGUAAAGGUGACGUUGUGAAACGCGUCAGUCCUAAAAUGACAAAGUUACCCACGAACAAGAUGCUUUUGUCAUAUGGAUACAUGGCAAUUAAAGAAUUCGACAAAACUAAAUUAAAUAACGAAGUAUUUCUCGAGUUUGCUAAUAACGAGAUAAAAGACGCAAUUGAAACGCAUUUAGCGGAUUUUGAUUUAGGAACGCAAGAUUUUAUUAGCGAACUUCCCGCUGAGGGAACGGAUUUACAAGACUGUUUCAAUCGUCGGGUGAACAUAAAAUAUGCUAUGAGACUACUAAACGUUUUCGAAUUUGAGUCGUAUAAUUACUACGAGGGACGUGAUGGCACUCUUAAUACCGAUGAAAUGCCAAGAAGGUUGCAACGAGUAUUUAAACAUUACGAAAUUACAACUGAACGAGACGUUAAAUUUUUCAAAGAAGAUUUGUCCGGCCCUGCAGGAGACAUUGACCUGCUUACAACUAAUCUUAAAAUAAAUGUUGCCGCAGAGAUCAAAUGCACACAAGAAAAGACAUCAGUAGCGGCAAUCAACCAACUUAUUGGUUAUUACGAAAAUCAUCGAACGCCUUUCAUGCAAGCAUUAGGAAAUCCGGAAGAAAUUAGCUUCCUUGGCCUGCAUUAUGUGAUAGUGGGCGAUAAGAAUGACCCAGACUUGAUAUUGAAGGACUGGAUUUAUUUACCGUAUUACGACGGAAAAUUGCAGAUUGAGGAUAUGCAGUUUAGUUCAUCGAGCGAUCAACAAAUUUUCUUCAAUGCACGCGAGAAGAAGUCCACAUACACAUUGGUAGACGAUUCCAGGUCAUUGGACUUCCAUCCUUUUUGCAUUGGAGUACAGAAUUAGGGAGGGGAAACCUGAUUGAAUAUGACCAUGUAUGAAGAGAUCAGACCAGACCUAAAUAUUUGUAUAGUAGACCUGACCCUGAUCAUCCGAAUAAAAUCAUUGGAUACCUAAUUGUUAUUUUCUAUUUCUCAACUUAUUAAUAGCGUUCUAUUCGCUGCUCAGAGCAGCUCCGAGCAAAAAUUUUUUACUAAUUUUUUCUGCUCUUUUUAAACUACCUGAAGAGGAAGUGUAAAAAGAGUAACUUUGUCGUUCCCUAAUAAAAAAAAUCACAAUUUUUCUCCUUUAUUCAAAGUGAGAGCUGAAAAAAAAAACGAGAUACCUAUAUAAAGUCAAAUUUUUGCUUGGAGUUGCUCUGAGCAGCGAAUAGAACAGAGCUAAUAGUAAUAAUUGUGCUUGGAAAGUACCUAUUUUUAUUCAAACUUUUAAAAAUGUCAGUAUUAUAAAACUGACUUGUCACAUCAAAACUAUGUACCUACUACUGCUUUUCUUUUUGAAACUACAAAAUUUUUAAAAGCGUUUGUCCUCACUUCGCUCGAGCCAAUUUCGUUCUCGUCUUCACGCUUAAAAUUUCGAGAACACAUAGAAAAAUUUAAAAAAAAGUUGAGAUCAUAAAAAUCGAAGUCUUGGAUUAAAAUUUAUGUUGAUGUUCUACAUUAUAAUAUGUAUUUUUUCAACAACAAAUUUUUCAAGCUUUUGCGCUCGCUUCAUUCGGGCCAAUUUGGUUCUCUUCUACGAAAUUACAAUUUCAGGAAACAUAAUGAUUGCAUUUGAAAAAUUUUGGUGCAGUUUGGGUUUUUAGUCAUAGUGGUGCCCGCUAUACAAAACUUGGUACUAGUGGUGCCCGCCUCAAAAAAAAAAAUGUUUACAUUAGAGUGCAUGGCAUUCAAUUCUGCAUCGUUUUAUGUAAAAAGACCUUGUGGUAUCCGAUUUGAUCUGUAAAUACAUAAUUCACUUAUUUUAA